CUACUUGUUCUGUGGCUACUUCCUGUAAAGAGACACGAUGCUCCCAUUGAGAUGUUGGCAAAGUGCGAAAUCAUCACCGUUUCGAGUGUUAAAACGCUAUUUUGUAUCUCAAAAGGCAAAGCCGGUGCUCACGCUUUUUACAAAGAAUCCAUGUCCACUUUGCGAUGAAGCUAAAGAAACACUUUUACCUUAUAUGAACAGGUUUGUUUUAGAGCAAGUUGACAUAACUCUUCCAGAGAACGCAGCCUGGUAUGAAAGAUAUAAAAACGACAUUCCGGUUUUUCAUCUUAAUGGCCAGUUUCUUAUGAUGCACAGAGUAAACGUGAAGAAGCUAGAAAGGAAUCUUCAGAAAUUGGAAAAUGAAUAUGGAACGAUGACGGAUUAAGUGAAGCUAUGUUCUAUGUAAAAUAAAGAAUCAAAUCUUU